AUGGUUUCAGGACACUUGGGCGAAGUGAGCAAAGCUCCAGAAUACGAGACCGUCGCUCUGCACGGUGGUCAGCAGCCCGACCCCAUCAACGGUUCACGAGCCGUGCCUUUGUACCAGACAUGCGCGUACAACUUCACCGACGCCUCGGACGGGGCCAGCAAGUUCGCCUGGUCCAAGGAUGGCUAUGUGUACACCCGAAUGGGCAACCCGACCAACUCGGUGUUUGAGACCAGGAUGGCAAUGCUCGAGGGAGGCGUGGGCGCCGUCGCCACGGCCAGCGGCCACGCCGCGCAGUUCAUGGCCAUCACCUCGGUGUGCGAGCCGGGCCACAACUUCAUCAGCACCAUGAACCUGUACGGCGGCACGCACAACCAGUUCCGAGUGUACAUGAAGAAGUUCAACAUCCAAUGCAAGUUCAUGGAGGGACAAGACCCGCAGGGAAUCAGGGACCUUGUCGACGAAAACACCCGAGCCGUGUACAUUGAGACCAUUGGCAACCCGCAAUUCAAUGUCCCCAACAUCAGCGCCAUCGCAGAGGUCUGCCACGAGGCCGGCAUCCCGCUGAUCGUGGACAACACGUUCGGCAUGGGCGGAUACCUCGCGCAGCCCAUCAAGCAAGGCGCCGACAUCGUCACGGCCUCGUGUACCAAGUGGAUCGGCGGUCAUGGGACGUCCAUGGGCGGGAUUGUGAUUGACGGAGGCCACUUUGACUGGUCUGCCUCAGGCAAGUUCCCGGGCUUCACGGAGCCAUCAGAGGGCUACCACGGUAUGCGAUUUUGGGAGACGUACGGCUACAAGGCCCUGGCAGCCAAGCUUCGCAUGGAUGCCAUGAGAGACCUGGGACCCUGCAUGUCGCCCUUCAAUGCCUGGCUGUUCCUUCAGGGCCUCGAGUCUCUCCCCGUCCGUGCCGACAGACACGUCGCCAACACCCUAGCUUUUGCACAGUGGCUCGAGAAGCACCCCUGCGUUGCUUGGGUCAACUACCCCGGUCUGAAAUCACAUCCGGACUACGAGCUCGCGCAGCGGGUUCUGCCCAAGGGACAGGGGGCCGUCCUCACCUUCGGCGUGGCCGGCAACAUCGACGAAGUCGAAGCCGUCGUCAACAAUCUCAAGCUCUGCUCCCACCUGGCCAACGUCGGCGAUGCGAAGACAUUGAUCAUCCACCCCUGGCGGACCACUCACCAGCAGAUCCCCGACCAGGAGAAGCUCAAGGGAGGUGUCACGCCCGACAUGAUCCGCAUCAGCCUGGGCCUCGAGCACAUCAACGACAUCAUCCACGACUUCGAGCAGGCCUUCAAGGCCGCCGGUCUGAAGGGCGCCAAGGACUGGGUCCCGACGUGGAAGAAAGGAAUGCAGGGAGAGGAAUGGUCCAAGGGCACAUUAUACGCCCCGAACCCCAACGGAGACAAGCUGCCCAAACCCAACGAAUCGUAA